AUGUCGCUGCAAUGCAUCCGGCGCCAGAUGCGGUGCUUGCGACAAGAAGGAGUCCGAGCUUGGUGCCAAAGACACAUAGACAUCCACUUGAUCCAACCUGCCAGAGAGAUGACUCGCCAACAGGUGAUUGUUUCGGCUGGCGUGGGCUUCUGGGGAGGACUGUUCCCGGUUCCACCGUGUACUAUGCCGGCGACACUGUUCUGCAUCACGAUGUACUCUGCUGGAGUUCCUAAGAUGCAGCGGUUCAGCUUGCCGAUGGCCAGCGUGGCUGUGAUCAUCAACGAGCUCUCCCUGCCCGCGGACUUGGCCAUGAUGCCCUGCUUCAUCAUGCUGGGGCAAAGUGCUUACCGGAGCAUCACUGGCGAAGACCUCGCCCCGUGCAGCGAGAUCCUCAAAAACAUCCAGGCAAAGCCUGUGGAAACUCUUUGUCACUUCAGCACUUCCUUCGGGCCACAUGCCUGUCAAG